AUGAUCCCCUCACAAUUGCUCGGAAUUUUCCUUCGCUUUAGAAUUGAACGAAUCGCGAUUGCAUCAGACGUUGAAAAGGCCUUUCUGCAAGUCCGACUCUAUGAGGUCUAUCGCGAUGCCACACGAUGCCUUUGGCUAUAUGAUCACAAGUCACCACCAUUUCCGAACAACAUUAAAACCCUACGAUUCGCCAGAGUGAUUUUCGGGCUAAACAAACCACCAUUUUUUUUGGCCGGAACGGUACGUUUUCAUCUUGGUCCAUACAAAGAAGAGGCAGAAUUAAUAUCGCAACAUAAAGACAACUUAUACGCAGACAACCUUGUUGUAACCGUUGAUGAACUUGAAGAAGCAUUUCAGAGCUACUUACGCAUAAAACAAAUAUUCAAUGACUUCAACAUGAAUCUUCGCGAAUUUGCUUCCAAUAAUAUUGACCUGAUGGAAAGAAUACCCUCUGUUGAUAAAGCAGACAGCAAAUUACCGAAAGUGUUGGGAAUACCAUGGAACAUCAAGGUCGAUUGUCUACAGAUAACAUGCAUGACAAGAACAAAUCAACGUAUCACCAAGCGAACGAUGGCUAGCACACUAGCGUCGGUGUACGAGCCCAUGAGCUUUCUAAAACCUUUACUUCAUAAAGCAAAGGUAUUCUUACGCAGCCCGUGGAAAGACAAGUAUAAUUGGGAUCAUAUCCUGCCAGACUCCUGUAAAGACGAAUGGAUAACCAUAUGCACAAAAAAACAAGGUUUCACGAAACCUCUACCACGUUGUCUUGGAACAAAAAAUGCAAAAUACAUUCUAGUAACCUUCGCCGAUGCUAGCGUUGAAGCCCUGACCACCUGCAUUUAUCUACGGUGCAAAAAUGCAACCAAUCUCCUCAUGGCAAAAAGCAAACUGUCUUUACUAAAAUCUGCAUCAACCGUACGAAGAAUGGAGCUAGAUGCGGUAACUUUAGCUCUACGAUUAACCAACGCCGUACUGACUCAACUUCAAUGGACCUUGGAAAUUUAA